UAUGAAUGAGCUUCUCGGAUCAGCAUGUCAUCUAGACGCGCCCGGAAACCGCAAUGCUCACAGGAGGGAUGCGCAUCGCGCAGAUUCAAUGUUGGUGAUGAUGGAUUCACUUACUGUGACCGCGGUCAUCAGCAGUCCGAGCUAGGGACUGUCAUUGCUGAAGAUACUGGAGAGCUGGUCAUUCAAGGAACGAAGAGUCGCAAGAAAGACUCUGAUGCCGAAUCCUUCGCAAGUCGAGUCUCUGGCUUCAGCGGCCCGAAAGCCUUCGAGCACUAUCUUUUGUGCAUACAGCUGGUCUUGAGAAAGCAACUGCGAUGGCUGGUAGAUGUGCAGAAGCUGCCCGACGAGCUGGAGAGUCUGGUGCGAGAUCUCUGGGCCCUCCGACUACGGAAGGUGCAGAGUAAAGUGUCAUACGACUCUGAAACCGAUACGGAGGCACAGUCCUCGCAAAUGUUUAGCUCGCAGUCAGAAGGCGACACUGACGGCAAGACUGCCAAUUCGCAGCGCACAAAACACAAUGCUCGGAAGGUCGCAAGUGGCCCAAAUCUGAUGGAUCUGCUCUGUCUGGACUUCACAGCCUUUUUGUUGCUGCGGAUACCUUUGACAGUUGCCGACCUGACGAGCUGGGUCAACGAUGGCACGCUGUGCUACUACCGAGCCUCGAAGGAAAUUCCUCUCUCAAUGCGGGAGCGGUUGCCAGGACACCUACAAGAACAGUUGGAGCCACAAGAUCUCGUCGCUCCGGAGACGCUCCAAAGGAAGAUUCUCGAGUGGCUCACAACCCUAGCCGACAACUUUGGGAUGGCAGUUCCACCUGUCAACCAUCCGCUGCUGCUGUAUCGAUGGGUAACGGAGCUAUCGUUGCCGCUGGAGGUCUUCGUGGCAACGCAACGGCUCGCGCGUGUUCUGGACGUUGACUAUUCCUACCGUUUGAACGCCAAGGCCGGGACCCUGAUGAGUUUGCGUUGUCCGGAGAUUCGACUGAUGGCGUUGGUCGUCACAACGACAAAGUUGUUAUUUCCUUUCGACAACGGCAGACGUUACCCUACUGACAGCAACGAUCUCGGCGCGUUGCGAAUGGACUGGAAAAUGUGGAGCGAGCAACAACAAAAUCAGGACCCCGGAGACGAUUCCGCCACAAAGCAACUGUCGUACAAGGAUGCCUUCUCAAUGACGGAAGCUGAGAGUCUCGAUCUCGCUGGCGAGUCACUCGACCAGUAUCUUGAUUGGUGCGAGAACAAUAUCGCUGCUGAAGAAGUUCGGGAGCGUGGUAGAGCGGGCAGGGAAGCAGAUUUCCGGCGAACGCUGUUCAGAAUGUUCCCCACCACGAGCGAUUACCAGCGUACCGGCACUCGUGUGCAUGAUGGCGAAACGAGGAAUACUGGCAGGACUUCGGCGGAAAGAUUGCGCCAGGUUCAAGGCGCGCUACGUCCUGAACGGAUUGUCAUUGACGAAGGCACCGACGAUAUCCCUCGUGCGGGCAGCUCGUAUCCUCAGUACAGGAUUGAAGACGACCUGGAUGGUGUCGCAAAUGUCUUCUAUACGAGAGCCUCACAACUCGCCGGGACUUCCCUGCAUGACCUUUUGCGAGCGGUGUUCUCGCUGGAGCGGCGACUGAUGGACAAGGAAAAGGCGCUCCGGAAGGGAGAUUCGUCGCAACAGAGUACUAAUCCAUCAUGACUCGUCGACCUCAACGUCAAGGACAAGAGCGCCAAGUCUUCGACACACGUUAGUCGGCAAAGCUUCCAUGCCCGCUCCACCUGUCUGAGACAAUGCAAUGGCUUUGCGGGCACGGGAUUCGCCCGCUGGCGGUCCCUUUGGCCCACAAAGCUUCCAGGAACUGGUAACGGUCUCUCUUCUACCGACAUUUCGACCAUUUGGCUAAAUCUUCUGGCCUUCGAAUGUUGGUUUCCAUGGUUCGAGAACUUGCUCGCAUUAUCGAGAGUCCGCUUCUUCUGAUGCGGCUGAAGGAUUCGCCGAGAAGGUACACCGCGUGACCUCGACUCGGGAGGGUAUUGUGGUACCCAUGCGAUCCUGUCGC